UUGCUCUUUUGAACGUUAUCUUUAUAAUUGUGGCGCAUUAAACAUCAUGUUGUUCUCGUGGGUUGUGGUUUUGUUAUGUGCUGUCCAUGCACAAGCUGGGUUCGGAAGGUCUUAUCUAGGCGAUUCACGCUUGUGUCGCGAAUGGACCUGUUUGACCGGAAAACUGAACCUAACAGAUAACAUGCCUCCUAAGGACAAAUACUUGAAUACGAUGACGUCCUCACUACCGGAAGAAUGGAAGGUUGUUGGAGAGAAUGCGGUUGAAACUUGUUAUGAAAACCGAACUCUGAAGUAUACCAAUACAUGUCCUGGGCAAGCCCUGAUGUACUGUUUUAUCGAUCAACUAAUUCGGAACUGUCCCGACAACAGACACAGGAAGGCCGACAAGUGUGCUUAUCUGAGAUCCUAUGGCGGAUCUAAGGCGUUGUUCAUUCAAAGCAUAUUCAAGGAUUAUGAAAACAAUUUACCAGAAGGAGAGGUGCCUCGAUGGUUUUAUCAAACCAAAUUCAAUCGAAAAUGCUGUGACCUGCCAAAGUUAAUAAGCGACGCAGUAAUGUCAGAGUGUGGGAUAAAAAAGCUGUUGCAUGAUCACGUACAUACCCUGGAGACGGAUGCACCCUACAUUAGUGCUAUGAACAGCAACGAUAGCGACAAACACUUUCUCAGACAUUCACAGGAUAAGGAUCAAUUGUAUUUGUCGAACGCACAUUCUAACCAUGGCGCGCGAACAACGCUAGACACACUGCGGGCUCGAAAUCCAACAGAAGAACAGGGACCGGAUCCUCUUGACUGUUGUGAUCUGAGCGGUUUCAUUGAACAACCGUGGCGUUCGGAGUGCCAGUUCCAGUUGUCGUGGGAUGUUCGGAACAGACUUGGUAUCGUGAAUACGACAGAGAAAGUGACCACAACAGAGAAACCUAGAGAAAUACGAUCGAAUGACGUGCGAAUGGUGCCUCUUUCAUGUGAGAAAGAGACAUGCAUAUUCCGAAAAUUAAACGUUAUUAAGGAGUCAGGAGAUAUAGAUAUAGUGGCAAUGAGUAAAGUUCUGGACAACAUGACAGAGUCACACCCGGAGUGGACCAAGGCUAAGGGAAGGGUUAUUACACAGUGUUUGGCGAAUUCGAGAAACAUAGAGAGAUCCGAAUGUCCUUUAAAUGAUAUUCUGGGAUGUGUAUUCGAUGUUCUCACAGAAAAUUGCCCACAUGUGACAGUGGAUGACCCUUGCAAACAUAAGAACACCGAAAAUCUAAACAUUACUUGCCAGAUCAGUACAACAAAGUAUAGCCCGAAACAACGCCGGAGCCUAUGUCCGAUUCCUAACUUAGUGUCAAACGAGGUAUUAUCACAGUGUGAAGCGGAAUCUGUCUACAUACUAGAACAAGUGCCACAGAAUGUACAAACGAAAACAUCCAAGUGGAAAAUUCAACGUCUCAAUUGUUACGAUCUCACACCUCCCACAACGUGUAUACUUAACAAAAUGAAUGUACUCAACAAGUAUGGAUUUGUAGAUUACUUCAGAAUGAAGCAAUUAAUUUAUUCCUACAGCGAAUCGCCAUUUACCGAGUUAUACUUUAGUGUAUUUCUAAAUCUGCCCUUGUAUCCGAAACAAUGUUCCUCGCCGAAGAAACUUCUGAAUUUGAUCGAUUUUAUGUUGAUGACGUGCCCAGCCUCCAGAAAGAAAGAUACCGAGACAUGCCGCAUGAUAUUCGACGAAAUAAACUCUGCGAUCCCUAAGGACUUGGAGAAGAGUAAAUUAGAAGCAGUAUUUAACAAUCUACUUUCAUACAAAGACACAACGACAGCGACACCGACACCAAAAACCUUUUUCAAAACAAAUAAACCUUUUAACUUUGGACUUCUAGAUUCGAAAAAUGCACCGCCAGUUGACAUUAUCGAUGUAAAACCAAGAGAUAAGCCAUUGGUAGUUUUACCGGUUUAUCAAAGAAUGCAUAAAAGUAUAGAAUACCCAUUAAACUCUUUGCACAAUGAUGGCGUCUUCAGAUCCAAUGCUUAGAUUUUUUGGUGUUGUAAAAUUGCAGUCGAAACUAAUGGACCUUUUUAUUUUUUUAUUUUAACUCAUAUAUAAUAUUUAAGGAAUAUUUUAAUUAGGUGCCUACUUUUACCUGGGAAAAUCUCAGGCCACGAUUCCAAAGUAACACCUGAUGGGGUAAAAACUAAUAUAACUAGUCAAACUCAGUGUUGGGAAGUCGAAACGAGGAGGAGAGAUAUUCUUAUACCAGUAGAUUAUAUCAAUUGUAAUGCCUACUGCUCGGCAAAGUAGAGUAAGUGUAUUGUUGAAGUAUUAGUAUACUUCCACAUUAUAUCAAUAUUUAAUCAUUUUAUUUCAUUUAACUAUAUUACAAUAUAUUCUUGAGACAAUGUAUAAAUUCAUCUGUUUCGAAAAAUAAAGGAUUUUAAAAUAAA